GGCAUCCCGAACUGAUAUAGCCAAAUCGAGCCCUCACUGAAAUAGGUUUUACUGAUGAUGCGGAUAGAUGGCCUUAGUGUUUUACAGGAAAAAGAAGUCCUAUUGGCGGAUUUAAAAUUUCAGAUUAUUGAAGAAAAACGUGGUACCGAUGCGCGGCUGACAAGUAAAAAUUUCACAAACGUCAGCAAAAUUUGAGUUUAUUUUUUAUUUCACGUUAAUUUUUCAAAGUUUUAUUAAGAUAGUGGUUCAAGGUGUCGUGUUUGGGUUAGACUAUUGCCUACUAUCGGUUAGGAACAACAUGAUCUCUAAAAAUAUAACGUAGUAAUGAGCUCCAGAAGGUUUUCGUAGAUAGGUGCGUUUUUCCCAACAGUGAGUUUUUUGAGACCGAACCGCAAGUGAGUCACACUGCGAGGAGACUCCCAUAGACAAAAGUUGCAAACAUAAGGUGCCAGUUUGGCUAAUUGCAAGUAUGUCUUUAUCAUCGAUUCGGUGACGACUGUUAGUUUUGUAAACUUAAUGGAUUUAAUAAAUAUCUUUAAUAUUAAAUGUGAUCGUGUCAUGUUGGGUAAAAUUCUUCCAUCUGUGCUGUCUGUGCAUCCACCUUUUCAAAUACAAUUAGAAAAUUUUCAUAAUAAUCGUAUUUGAUAAGAUUUUGACAUCAUUUUGACGUGAGCAAAAAUUAAAAACAUAUAAAGUAAUCGGGAUUAUUUUUAAUUCGCGCCCUUUUUAGUACGUGAUGAUGCGGCUAGAUGGCUUCAGCUAGGAAUUCAUUGCCAACCAUUAUGUUCCGCUUCUAUAAAAGUAUUAUUCUAGGUUAGAUACUGAAAAUAAAUAAAAUUAAAUUUGAAAUUUUAAUGCGAAACUUAUAUUUUUUAAAUGUUUGUUGUUAUGAGUGUUAUGUUGACUUUAUGAGUGUGAAUGUUGACUUUCCCGAACGAAUUGAAAAAUGGUAAAACUAACAGACGACCAGUUCGAUUUGUACACUUGCACAAGCACUGGAAAGUCCAUUCCAGUCCGCCGUUUCACUUGGACAAACCAAAGCAAGAUAUCCGUGCAAGUCAUUACUUAUGGAGCGACUACAACGUCCAUAAAAAUUCCCGACAAAAAGGGGGUUAUCAAAGACAUCGUGGGGGGCGGCAACACAAUCGAAGAGUACCAAAAAGCCCAAGUUUACUUUGGCGCAACCGUGGGCCGCGUCGCCAACAGAAUCGCAAACGGCCAGUUCAAACUUUUCGAUCAGACAAUCAAUCUAAGCAAAAAUCAUGGCAAGCACCAAUUGCACGGCGGCUUCCUCGGCUUUGAUAAAGUUAUUUGGGAGAGCUACGUCAGUGGUAACAGGGUAGUGAUGAGUUACCACUCGGCCGAUCUCGAGGAAGGCUACCCUGGCGAUGUUGUGGUAAACGCUACGUUUGAACUAACGGAAAACAACGAGUUUUUGGUCGAGUAUAAGGCCACAACUACUAAACCGACUUAUGUCAAUCUGACAAACCACUCGUACUUCAAUUUGGCCGGUCACGAAGCUGGGGCUAGUGAACUUUACAAACAUGUUAUUUGCAUAAAUGCAGACCGAAUAACUGACGUUGACACUGACUGUAUUCCCACUGGAAAGUUACUACCAGUGGCUAACACUGUAUUUGAUUUACAAAUUCCCAAAAGCCUCGGCGAUAUCAUCGCCAAAGUCCCCAAAAGCGACGGUUUUGACCACAAUUUUUGCGUCAAUAAAGGCACAGAGCAAGGAACUGCAUUCGUUGGAAGGGCUUACCACCCUGACAGUGGCCGGAUGCUGGAAGUGUACAGUAACCAACCCGGAGUGCAGUUUUACACCGCGAAUUUUUUCCCCGAAAAUCCGAAGAUUUUGUCAGGCAAAGGCGCUUCGUAUUGCAAACAUGGAGCUUUCUGUUUGGAAACGCAAAAUUGGCCUGAUGCUCCCAAUCAUGAUAAUUUCCCCAAGAUGAUUUUGGUGCCCGGUGAGACUUAUUGUCACAACGUGGCUUACAAAUUCUCCGUGAAGAAUUAAUUUUCGUUUUAUUAGUUUCUUAAAAAUUAGAAGAUUCAAAUUAGGUUUGUUAGUUUCUUUUCAAUUUGAUAAAAUAGAAAAAGUUACUCACGUACCAAAAAAGCUUCCUUCGGGCGGUUUACUUUAAAAUAUGGUUAACUUUUAUAUAAACGUGACACUUGCUGUUUCAUCAACUUUAGUUAGAACUUAUUUAACUAACUGGACUAAUAAAUUGAACAUUUGUGUUUUA